CCCGGUGGUGCGGACGGAGGCGGCGGGACCAGCCCGUUCCCGGUGCGGGGCGCGGGAGCGGGGCCGGGAGCGGGCCCGGGGAGCGCCGGGCUCUCCUUACGCGGCUCCCGCACUGCCACCACUCCAGCACAGAGCUUUUCUGGGCUUCAUAAACUGUUGCUAUGAAGCCUAAAGGGUGUGCUGGAAAUGCUGGAUGAUUUUGUUGUGGGACCGCCUGGCACAAAGUAGGGCGAUACCGUGUGAUGUCCAGGGUCAGAAAUGCCUUAUGUGGAUCGCCAGAAUCGCAUCUGUGGUUUCCUAGACAUUGAGGAAAAUGAGAAUAGUGGGAAAUUCCUGCGGCGGUACUUCAUCCUGGACACGCGAGAGGACAGCCUGGUGUGGUACAUGGACAACCCACAGAAUCUUCCCUCCGGAUCUCCACCUGUUGGGGUCAUUAAACUUACCUAUAUUUCAAAGGUUAGCGAUGCAACUAAGCUGAGGCCAAAGGCAGAGUUCUGUUUCGUUAUGAAUGCAGGGAUGAGAAAAUACUUUCUACAAGCCAAUGAUCAGCAGGACCUAGUUGAAUGGGUAAAUGUUCUGAACAAAGCUACCAAAAUCACAGUACCAAAGCAGUCUGAUCCUCUCUGCCAAAUGGAUAAUGCAAAUCGUCAAGCUGAAAGCCCAGGUGGAAAGAAGCAAGUCUCCUACAGGACAGAAAUUGUUGGUGGUGUUCCCAUCAUUACACCCACCCAGAAAGAGGAAGCCAGUGAGGGCAGUGAAGGGGCUGACAGGAAUUAUUUGAAGCGGUCACAAACUCACCUUCCUUACUUUGCUGCUAAGCAUCCCCCAGAUAAUGCCAUAAUCAAAGCUGGUUACUGUGUCAAACAAGGAGCAGUGAUGAAGAACUGGAAGAGAAGAUACUUUCAAUUGGAUGAAAACACAAUAGGAUAUUUCAAGUCUGAACUGGAGAAGGAACCUCUCAGGGUUAUACCACUUAAGGAGGUCCAUAAAGUUCAGGAAUGCAAGCAGAGUGAUAUAAUGAUGAGAGACAAUCUCUUUGAAAUUGUAACAACUUCUCGAACCUUUUAUGUGCAGGCAGACAGCCCCGAGGACAUGCACAGCUGGAUCAAGGCCAUCUCCGGGGCCAUCGUAGCGCAGCGUGGACCCGGGAGAUCAGCAGCUUCCGUGACUCUAAUCUUAGCUUUGCACUGUGUUCCAGAUGCGGCAGGCCAGAAGGCUGUCGAAUCCUUGUAUACAGAGGAGCAUCCCGAGCCUUCUCCCGACCCCGGCCGUGCUGUCCGUCCUGCCGGCCCAGGCGCAGGCAGCUCACAUUCCGCAGCCCCUCUCGGCAGCCCUGUGGUCCCAGCCCCUCACCCCAAACCCCCUGCCUUGGAGAAGCGAGGAUUUCACGAGUCUUUUACCAAGGCCAAGCCAAGGAGCUACAAGAUCCAGGCUGUCGCUGCAAGAGAAUCAACUUCCAAAGUGACUGAACGGGGUCCCUGGGAACCCCGGAGCAAAAACGGCACUCAGGAACAGGAUGCUGGCCUUGUGGAUCUGGAUGAUGCAAGCCUUCCAGUCAGUGACGUGUAGGGAUGGAAGCGUUUGGAGAAUGAUCCAUUUGUUCGGUCCUUUAAUUUCCUCGCUCGGACUUUGAACCAAAGAAAAUUCCAGGAAAUGAGAACAAAAAAUAAAAAAAUAUAAUUUAAAAAAAAAAAAAACAACCAAACCGGAGCACUGCUGUUAUAUAUAUGUAUGUGUGUGUUCCUGUGCACACAUGGGUAUAUAUAAUGUGUUUGCGUGUUGCCUUUUCAGCUGAGGGUCAGAGAUGGACCUCAGGCGUUUUCUCAAAGCCUGAUAGUAAAAAUCACUUACUAGGGAGGGGCCAAACUGCACAGUUUAGGAAAAAAACAAACCAACCCAAAAUGCAUUAAAAAAAAAAGUGCUUCUGCAAGUUGGCAAGGCACCAGCAACUUCUAAUUCCUAAUCUGGCAGAUUUACUAAAUUUGCAACUAAUGCUCUGUUUUGGAGAACUUGUUGCCAACAAAUGUGAUUAUUUAAUUUCAUCUUAAACUACAGUAAGAUUUUAGGCAUAUAUUGGAAUUUUUUCUCUCCGUGACUUUCAGAUACCAGGAAAUGCACAAAAUGUUUCUUCUGUUCUUUAGGAUCAACAGUGUCAACUGAUUUGUUAUCAGAACAGGAAUUCUGAACUCCCUUGGAAUUCUAGUUAUGGUGCUGUAAAGUUUCCACUAAAAUAAUAUUUUGAAUAGUCAGCCUAUUUUUGAUGCACUCCUAAAGGUGGGUUCUAACUUUUUGCACAUUUGGAUUUCCACGGACUGCACGUAGUGGUGUUUUGGAGGGGGGAGAAGAGAAUUUGGACUUUGGGAUUUGGACACUUUAGGUCUUUUUAACUAAGUGAGGGUUUAUGUCGUGUUACAUUAGGCUUUGCAGCAAUUACGUUUCCUUAAAUGUUUUAAAUGUAUCGUUUGGUUACUGUUUUGAGAAUGAUUUCCUUCCCAGUGCUUUGUGAGCAGUUCUUGUUUCUGUAUUGGUCAGUGGAAGAGCUCCUUCAGUUGUGUUGUUCUUGGUACUGAACUGUUCCUCGUCCUGCAAUCGUGGCCUAUAACUUUUGGUGCACUAAGAAUCUGAAGUGCCUGUGUUUUCUCUCACGUCGUUGAAACACUUUUGGGUUAGUGAUGUACAAAGACCGUUCUUCCUGGGUUUGAGCGUUGGCUUGGAGUUGCUCUGGGUAGCAGUUGUUUGAAACAGCUCUUUAAAACAAGGUUUAUGCCAGGGGUACCAGUGUUCUGGUGUUGCACCCACUGCUGUGCAAUAUGUGUUCUUAAAAAGUGAGUAUUUGUUGUUCGUGUGCAUUGUGUUAUGGGGCAUCAGUGAUGCCAGCGAGGAGAACCUUUACAUUUCAAGUACUGGAUUUGAUGGUGUGUACUUUUCAUCAUUUUUUGGGGGAAAAAGAAAAAAGUUUGCUUUAAUCCCAACCCCACAAAUAUCUCGUGCUGCUGCUUACUGUGAUCCUGGUUGUGCAGCUUUGUGAGACUUUCUUUGUCUGCUGGAGCCUAAGACACAUACAUAUCAGGCAAGUCCAUCUUCUCUCCAACUUCCAAACUGACUUCCUGCUUGAGAGAUAUGGAUGGCUUUACCACAGCAAUUUGUUGAUCCCAGGACAGAAUAAUUGGUGUCAUGUGAGAAUGAAAUAUAAUUAAUUUCAAAACUUUAAAUUAUAUCAGCACCUUCUUUUGGUUUUGGUUUAUUUUUGUCUUGUUUUUUGGUUUUUUUUAAAUCCAUAAGCUAACUAACCAUUGUCUUAAGGCAGUGGUGUCUGUAAAUUACUGGUUUUGUUUGACUUUAGUUAUAUGUGAAAACUAGCACAGAAUUGGAAAUUACUGUAAAUGUCUGUACUAGUAUUGUAGGUUUUAAUUUCUAUAAAAAUAAACCAUUAGCUCUUUAAAAGCUUAUUUUUUCACAAGUACAUUCGUGUGGAGGACACUUUGCAUCGUAAUAUUUUUACUGUAGUCUAACAUCUGAAAUCACUUGCUCUGGUACAGCUUUCACACUGCAUGGUCAUUUUAUUAUAUUUUGGUAUUGGCUAUUUUACACAUUGGGUGGAGGUAAAGCAGCUCCAUUAUGGAACUUACCAAAAGAGGGGGAAAGAGAAAAAAUGAAAAAAGAAAUGAACUACUGUUGUAGUUCAGUAGCAGAGGGAAAUAUUUGUGGUUGGUCACUGUCAGGGUCUCCUAUUUAUCAGUACUUUUAUAAAUCUAUGAAAAUUGUUAAAUUAUUUUAGAAACAGUGCUGUAAAUAUGUCACAUUUAAAUUGUCAAUAAAUCAGUUUGGGUAACUUAAAA